GUCUAUGCAUGAAUCGAAUCGUGCAUAUCGCAUAUCGCAUGUUGUCUCAGCUAUAAAUCUCAUCAACAAUCUAUAUCUAGCCAUGCUAUUAUUAAAAUAGAGAGUAGUAAGUCUUAAUUGUUUCACAGAGACUAUCUUUAGGAGUUAGCUAGAUGUCUAUGUUAAGUAGCUUAGCCUCUGCUGCUGGACUUCUUACACGUCAAAAGAAGAAAUUUCAUUUUGAUGUCACUUUUUGUCUACAAGAUUUGCUCAACUGUACUUACGUUACAGGAGUCCUCUUUGCCAAGCUGAGACUCAAGGAUGGAGGCAACUACUCUGAGAUAUCAAGAAGAUGUGACCUGAAGAACCACUGUAUUCGAUGGGAUCAGGUACUAGAGUUCCACUGUAAGAUAUAUGCCAGUCAAACUACCGGAGAGUUGGAGCCAUGCAUGUGCAAAGUCUCAAUACGAAAGGAAACAAAGGGAGGACUGACCUACAAGAAGCUUGGCUAUGUCACAAUCAAUCUGGCUGAGUACGCAGGAAGCAGCGAGAUUCAACGCAAGUACCUUCUGGAGAGUUACAACGAGUCAAAGCACAAACCAGACAACUCUAUACUCAAAGUUAAGAUCUCUUUGAAGCAAACAUCAGGCGAUUCUGUCUUUAAAGUUCCUCGUGGCCGCGUGUGGGACUUAAACGAACCGGAGGAUGAAGGUAUACAGCAAGACUUCCAGAGCUCUACUAGACACGCCUCUGUUUUAAACCACCAACGAGCCUCUACGGCGAGUUCCUUGAGUGGGAGUAGUCUUCUCAUUGGAGGGGCCAGCCCAAGCAUGCGUAAUAGAAAUAGUAGUUCUGGGGAGGGGGCCAAAAGCAGCUGUGCAGGGAGCCUACUGGAGAUCAACGAUAGUGAGUCAGCCUCAGCUGUCUCGUCUGACCAGGAGGAGGUGUGCAGCACACAAAACUCUGACAGCAUCACCGAGGAGACCCAAUCAACAGCCACACCUCGGUCACCUAGUUCACCACCUUCUGAAAACGAAACAGUCGGCUCACAAGAAAAAAUUCCACUAAGCCUCUCACCCUCAAUGAAAACCACUCGCAGCAACUCUCUAGGCAGUGGAGAUCACCAACAAAGACCUAUAUUAGAAGUGCUACCCCCCGAUAACGGUGCACACUCACUUCCUAACAGAUCACAAUCUCACAGAAGACACACUAGUUUCAGCAUGAACGGCACCUCGUCUCACAAACUGCACAGAAGACAGCAAAGCUUACUAUCAGGGCAAAGUUCGAAAUCAACCUCCGCAUACUCAACACUUUCAGAGCGCUCUAUGGGAAGUUGGGGGAGUCAAGAUAUCGAAUCGCUUUCUGGGAGCACAAGAAAACUGGCACUUAUUCAGACGAGCUCAAAGGUGGAGCAAUCAAGAGUAGACCCUGGAAGUGUGAUUGCUAAAAUUUUUGAGGGCCAGACGUUCAAAUCUAAAGAUGAGGGAGAGGAUAACAGUAAAGGGCUACAACUGUUUGUGGAUAAGACGAGAGGCACUUUCACUGUGGGAGGAUCAGAGUUGGGCAGGCAAAACACCAACCUUCAAGCAGUAGAUGUCAGUGGCACCAUAGCUCACUCUCGUAGCAGCUCCAGUGGAGGCAGUCCACGACCCAAGCACAAGAGAGGUGGCAGCCAUCUCAUCAGCAAUACAAACCCUAAGGACAGUGUUAGCUCUCUUGUGGCUGCUGGAAAACCAACCAGAUAUCCGUUAACCUUUGACCUGUCGUCUUUGUUCCACUUCCCACUGAUUUUCUCACUGUCCCCAAGAGUGUUCUUUGCUGUCUUCACUGCCUGUGAGAGCUUGCAUUUUGAAUCUGUGUGCAUACUUCUAAAUACUCAGUUCAUUUUUUGUCAGACUCCUCUCGAGCUUGGACUCCUCUGCGAGCGCGAGUCAACAGACAGACAGUACAGACAGUUUAAGCUUUUCCAUAGUCUGGCCUGGGACCGAGACUAUCUAGCUCCUAGCAUAUCUUUGCUCUGGAUCAGAUUAAUGUCACACAGACUAUCUAAAGGUUUUCUAUACUCAGACAGUAUCAAGAGAACCAUGCAAUGCAAGAAUGACUCGCUAUUUGGAGACUGUAUCUCAACCAUCACAGCUCUAAAAAGAGAUGAGAAACUCUGCGAUAUAACCAUCCAAGUCGAAAACCAACAGUUCAAAGCACACAAGAUCAUCUUAGCUGGCUCCAGCCCCUACUUCAGAGCUAUGUUUGCUGGAGCCCUCGAAGAGAGCAAGCAAUCCACUGUUGUUAUUCAUGACAUACCUCCCAAUAUUAUGGCUAUUCUUCUUGAUUAUUGCUAUACUUCAACUAUUGAAAUCACACAAGAAAAUGCACAGGAACUACUACCAGCCGCCAGUAUACUACAACUGAACUGGAUACGUGAUCAAUGCUCGAAAUUCAUCGAAAAACAACUUGACUCAAGCAAUUGUCUUGGCAUUAGAUCGUUUGCCGAUACUUACAGUUGUCCAACCUUACAGAAAGCUGCUGAUUUAUACGCACGACAUCACUAUCUCGACGUUUUGGAUUCGAAGGAGUUUGUCGACCUCAGUGUGGAUGAUCUAGCCACGCUGCUCAAGAGUGAUGACUUGUAUGUACAGAACGAAGAGCAAGUGUUCGAUUCGGUCAUGAAAUGGGUCAAACACGAUACCGAGAAUCGUAAGAAAUUCUUUGCAAAUGUAUUGACGCAUGUCCGCCUUCCCCUCCUGGAUCGAACCUACCUCGUCUCAAAGGUGGGUACAGAGCCUCUUAUCAGACAUAAUGAGGAUUGUAGAGAUCUUGUGGACGAAGCUAAAGAUUACCUCCUGUUACCUGAGCAGCGCUCAAAACUCUCUGGACCUAGGACAAGACCCAGGCGUCUGAUAAGAUGUGACGAAAUUCUCUUUGCCGUCGGUGGAUGGUGUUCGGGCGAUGCAAUCAGUCUGGUGGAAAAGUAUAACGUGAGCACUAACGAAUGGAAAGUGGCUGCAACUAUGGCAAAGAGGCGGUGUGGUGUUGGUGUGGCCGUAUUUGGAGAGCUCUUGUAUGCUAUAGGAGGCCAUGAUGGUAGCAGCUACCUGAAUAGCAUGGAGCGAUACGACCCCAAGAUGGACCAGUGGUGCUCUAACUUGCCUCCCACGAGCAGCUGCCGGACAAGCAUUGGAGUGGGUAUUCUGCGGGAUGAGAUAUAUGCCGUAGGGGGUCAGGAUGGUUUGUCUUGUCUGAGCUCCGUGGAAAAGUACAACCCUGCCGCUAACCAGUGGUCUCUUGUACCCGCUAUGGCCAACAGGCGAUUGGGAGUGGGUGUUGCUGUCAUGUCAGACUACCUGUAUGCUGUGGGAGGAUCUGACGGCAACCUCCCCCUAGCCUCAGUUGAGAAAUAUGACCCUGAUCUCAACCAGUGGACUGAGGUUGCAUCAAUGAACUGUCGACGUAAGCACCUUGGUACAGCCGUGUUGGACAACUUAAUCUAUGCCGUGGGUGGAAGGGACGAGAAUACUGAACUUAACACCGUGGAAAGGUAUGACCCAGUGUCUGACACCUGGACCUCUGUGGUUGCAAUGAACUGUCGCAGGAGUGGCGUAGGACUGAGCGUUGUCAGUGGUAAACUGUUUGCAAUCGGAGGAUUUGAUGGCUGCUCCUACCUCAAGUCAGUGGAGUGGCUGGAUGUCACAAGCAAUCAGUGGUUCCUAGCCAGUAACAUGAACUAUAGGAGACUAGGUUGUGGAGUGGGUGUGCUUGUUGGCUAAUGCCAGUGACUGAAUAUUAUGUACAUCCCAUUCAAUACUAGUACUAGUUUCACAAUUAAUUCAUUUCUGUGCCCCAUUAAUUUACUCAUACAUGUACUUGUCAUGAAAUUUACAUACAUACAACUGUAAAUCUUACACGCACACAUGCGAUUCAACAGUGUUUUUAUUUCUGGUACAUAA